AUGCUAGAGCUGGCCUUCGUGGCUCCUUCACAGCUUGACGUCAAUCGUCAUUAUAUUUCGUCUAUCGAUAACAUCACGAUUGGGAAUCUUAUAACUUAUAUUACAUCGUACAUUAAGCAAAAAGUUGACCCAGAUUUCAAUACCGGAUCAGCUGUAUGGAUUUCUGCCAUUGCUUUGGCCGUCCAGGGUAUAUCUAUGCCACUUGGAGGUGCACUUCUCCCUAAGAUAGGAUAUCGAGCUGUUGUGAUAUUUGGAAGUGCGAUAAACAGUGGGAGUGUGCUGCUUACGUAUUACACCAUCCAAAAGGGUUUUCUAUACGUCGUUCUUUCUUAUGCUGUCCUACUUGGGUUCGGAUUUGGAUUUUCAUAUGCCGUUAUAUUUUCAGUAGCGGCUUCUUGGUUUCCCGCCCGCCGCGGUCUUAUCGUUGGUAUCAUUGUCGGCGGAUUUGGCAUCGGUGCGCUUGUCUUUACUCCAGUUCAAACUGCCUUUAUUAAUCCAAAUAAUGUGGCCGUAAACCAAACCACUGGGUAA